CCGAGCUCCGGCGAUGCACAAAAAUCAUCUCCACACCACCACGACAACACCUCCAUCAACCACCAUUGCCCUAUCACUUCGUCUCCCUCUCUCUCUCACCCACGCCACCGCAAACCAGCACAACCGUUGACUCCACCUCAUGGGAAAACGUGUCAUCUUUAGAAGACCAAAAAAAAACACUUAAUAAAAAUCCAAUCCAAAGGUGUGUUAUGGAAGCACCCAUUAGAUCAGAACCGUUCAUUAGUUUUCCGUUUAAGUCACGGUGGUGAAGUGGAAUCAGACGGUAACUGUUUAUUUACUGCAUGUGGUAAAUCAAUUGGGUUAACAAAAAACGGUGUCGUAUGCUAAAGAUUUGAGGAAAAGGAGUGUUAAGAGAUCCUUGGAAGAUCUUGGAUUGGUUAGUAGGUAAGAGAAAGAAAUGAUUGAAAAUGCAAUUAGGAAUAUGUAUUGUCCAGAUAUGAAAUGUGGUUGGGGUAUACAUGUUGUUCAAGAAAUGAAAAUGUUAGCUAAGAAAAAUGAUUGAGAUAAUCUUGAUUUGGCUAUUAAUGAACUUGUUCAGCUAGGGAUGCAAAGAGAAUUGGCUGCUGAGUCUAUAUUCAAAGAGAGGUGCAUAGCUGUGGGUGAUGGGCCAAGUUGGGCCAAGUACAUGUCGAUCUCUGGUUCACCUGAUGAUGAAUAUGAUAUCAUCACUUUGCAGUAUACCGAGGAGGGUUUAUUAACUGUUGAUGAGAAUAUUGAUGGUCAUGCGGCUGCAUUUGGAGACGAUAUAGCGAUUGAGUGUCUUGCAACUGAGUUUAAAAGAGAGAUCUUUGUGGUGCAAGCACAUGGAUUUGAUGCAAUGGCCGAUGAAGAAAUUUCCGUCGAUUUCUAAGGCCUUCCAUGUACAAAGACGGGUUUUUUAUUUUAAGUUUAUUCAUUAUUUCUUUAAUUCAUCCGAUAGUUAUUUAUUUUCUUACUAACAUUUUUAUUAAGUCUCAUGCAGGUAUCCGGAGUUACUUUUUGAAGAUGACACUCAAAAGAAGUUCAAAUAGCUUCUUAAAUUCUCUGUUUAUAUAUAUAUUUUUUACAUUAUUAAAUUAUACAAGCAUAAAAUAUAGUGAAACUUUACUUUUUUUAGGGUGCAGGUUGAUGGUAUUUAUUUAUGAUCUGCUUAGGUGAUUUAAAUUUUAUGUGUUUUAGACAAAUCAAUAUUAGGCAGUUAUUAUUUUCGUAGCUAAUAUUCUUAUAGUUAUCAUGUUUCGCUAGAGUUUUAAUUCAAUAGCUUAGCACACUUAAGUGAAUAAAUAGGGUGAUUUGCCUCAAUAUUUAGGCUUUAGAAUAUACUCUCAUAAUUAAUUGAUCAGGCGUACAUACUUAGCUAAUUAAAUUAGUUAACUUACCUUGAGUGCAAAAUAAUUUCAUGUCCAUUCCUUAUACCCUUUUCACAUACCCAAGCUUCUAA